CACCACCACCGUAGUAAAAGGGACCUCGCCGCGUUUACUACUAUAUAGUCAGCUCAGCCUUUCAGCCUCUGAGUCGUUUCCGUGUUUUCUUCCUGCUGACCCGGACGCUGUGCUGCAUGCCGCGUGGGCCGCACUAAAAUUUCUUGCGUUUAGUUUUUCUUUCCCUCCUGAGUUUUCUCCUAACAAGUACUCGAUAUCAUUUCUAAAAAAAGACGUAACUUUGUAAAACCACCUAUUUUCUGAUCAACAAAUAUUCCUUUUGAUUUUUAUCUUUUUUUUUUUUUCUAUAUCUUUUGAACAGAGCGUGCCGCGUACACGUGAUCACAAAAUGUGAAUUUCUGACACUCCAGUGCAGCGCAUGGUGAAAGUUUUCUGUGAUUAUUAUUACCUAUACCGAAAUCAUACAACAUAGAUGAUUGUGUGCAGCACGGUAAUAUUGACGGAUUUUUAAAUUAUUUGGGGGUGAACAUAUAAUUGGUACUGUCUACCUGCGUCAUCGUCGUAAUAUGAAUUGCGGGAUCGUCGCUUCUUCUGAACUUUAAGGAUAUCGAACGUCUAGUGCGCGCUAUUUUAUACAACAGUUCGGAGAUGACGAUCACUACGAUCUGCGUAUCAUUCCUCUUGUUGUUUUGCACCAUUUCCACAUCAAGUGGCGGACACAAAAAACACAAACUCGUUCAGCGGUAUCCGGAGAAUGCGAUCUCAGCGAUCCCAGAAGAUAUACAAUUUUCUUGGUAUUCAUUUAACGCGAAAUCGGGAUUGACCAGCGAAGUAAACAACAACGACGAUGUCCGUUUCUGGCCGAUGAUCGUCAGAGCGAGAAAAAGACGCGAGAUGAACGCGGUGCAAAACGAAGGCGAAGGUGUAGCGAAGCUGGGAUUAAGAAGGCAGAAGAAGAGAGAUCGCGAACGACGUAGAGAGAGGGAAAGGAAGAGGAACAAGGAAAAAGACAAGGGUGUAAAAAAUGGUAGAAAAAGGGUGCCGCUAACGAGGCACGCGAGGAGACCACAGCGUAAGAAAGCCGACAGGGGAAGAAAGCCGCAUAAGGCGCGUGAACCGAAUCGCGGGCGUCCCCGUCACGAACGUAUCAGAAACCUGGAGAAGCAAUAUUUAGUGAGGAAUCGUACUCUGGAAUUGCUCGAUAAGCACAACGCGAGAGAUUUACCCGUGAAGAAUGACUCGGGCUUUUUUAGACCCGUGCAGCAAAGUGUUCGAGAUGUGAUUUUCGAUCGAAGAAUAACGUCGAAGAAAAUUGGGGAGAUUUUGGGGGAUGCAGGGAGGAAACCUUCGACUCUGAGAAUAUCCGACCUCCUCGUGCAAAAGACGUUGCCAAAAAUCGAAGGCCCGUCGAUUGACGCUCGAGGGAAAUCCGUCAAUAUCAGCGUAGACGAGAUCCACGAUCCUCCGCUCUUCCUGGAAAAGUUAAAGACCAUCGCAGUUAACGUAUCGAAAAUGAACAAGGCGGUUAAGAAGCUUCGUACCAGUGAUCCCGUUGCUGGCGGUAACUCUGACUUUGAGAUAUCGACGGACUUUGACGAAAGCAGCUAUCACUACGAUUACGAAAACGUUUUCGAAGAUCCAAGCGUUUCGCCAUGGGUUAACUCCCCGCGAACUAGGGAAACCGUUGGUCAAAAGGAGGACCCACAAGAAUACUUUCUGGACAGGGCGAUGUUGUCUUCCGUCUACAUGCCCGUCGACGAUCAAGUCACAAUUCAAGAGGGUCUCACAACUCUUUUGGCGAGGCUUUUUCAGACGCUCAGAAACACAACGGAUGACGAGAAUCGGGAACUCCUGCAAGAUCUUGAUUUCGAUAAUUCGGUGCAAGACGACCUGUGUCAAAAGUGGCUCGACUGUAAGGAUAAACUUGAGGAGGCGUUUCUGGGACCACUGGUGCUACCGGCCUGCCCGUGUCACUAUCCAAGCAGUAUAUUCUACGACGAUAAGAUCUUCGACGAGGGUCAACAGCGGCACUUCCGCUGGCGAGAUGUUAGCGGUGAAGCCGAGAGACUGGACGUUUAUAAACCUAGUGCAACCCUCUGCAUCCGGUCUCUUUUGGCUCAGGGCGGGGGGAGCGCGGCUGCUCAACAUUGCUGCUAUGAUGGCAGAAGAAGGUUGAUAACUAGAGGUUCUGGUGCCGGAACUCCCAACUUUGUUAGCCCCGAAGUUUCCGCCCUGUUACACGAGAGAAUCGAUAUCCUCCCCUGGAGACUCUGUAAAGGAGAUUUUUCGCGAUUUAACAAAGUUCGACCUCCAAACAAUGACAACCACUGCAGAGCAAAUCCAGAUGAGGAAGAGUACCAGCGUCAAAUAGACGCGACAAAGCACUACUGAAGUACAACAAGAACCAAACUUUACCUUAGCUUUACUCUAUAAAAUUAAUACUAGUGAGUUAUUAAAUUAUUAAUUUUUUUUCCCCUGUAUUAUAGAGUUCAAUAUUAUAAUAUGUAUCAAUUGUGAUACGUACAUUACCGCAAAUAUAUUAUUGUACGGGUAUUAUA